CUCUCACUCACUCACUCUCUGUCUCUACGUCAUUCUCUCACGUUCGAUGUGAGUUGUCAGUGAAUUAGGUAUCGUGAUAAUAAUUAGUAUUACAACAAAAAAUAUAUUCAAAUGUUAACUAUUUUAAUACCUAUAGUUAAUUAUGUGUUACUUUAAUGUAAUUAGAUUUGUUAAAUUUCGUUGUGCGGAAAUUAUAUAGCGAAGAUUAAUUUUAAUAGUUCACGAUGAACUGUCAUCAAGUGCUAAGUGGUGCCUGUAAUUCAGGAGAUCAAUGUUUUGCUGUAGGUUCGGUGGAGGGAAUACCAUUUACAGCCUAUGCAGCAGGAUGUAACAUAGUGAUAUUAGCUUCAAAUUUCGAACGCGUUCAAAUAAUACCUGGUGCGAUUCACGGUUACGUCCGCAUUGGUUCUCUCGACUGCAGCACUGAUACCGGAAAAAUUGCCGCGGCUUAUGGUUCCGAAGUUUGCAUAUUCGAACCCACGCCUCUUAUUCAUUCUGCCGCUACUACCCAUGGAUUGGAGUAUCGAUGGGUGCAAACUGGAAAAUUUGUCGCGGAUGGUCCGAUAACUGCACUUUCUUGGAAUCUUGAAGGAACACGGUUACUGACCGGGGGCAAAGUACUGCAGCUAUGGCAUCAGGCAUCCCUAUAUCAAGAUGACAGUCAGCCAAGUUCGGGUGUGACCUUUCAAAUCGGUGGCGAUCGAGAUGACAAACCAAAGCAGACCGAGGAGGAAGAACCCGGUUGGUUCUGUGUAUGGCACUGCAACACAGCAACUCCUACCCACCACCUGGCCUUCUCUCCGGACGGAGUGCUGUUUGCAACAUCUGGUGUCAAUGAUAGGCUUGUCAAGAUAUGGUACCAGAAUAAAGUUCUCGUCCAGGCCCAAGGAGAGCACGCUUCACCAGAGCUAAACUAUACUUUCAUAUACGUUGCCCAUCCUAGAGCUGUGACGCAUCUGUCUUGGAGGAAAACCAGCAAGUAUAUGCCAAAGGGUAGCGUGGGUAACGUGUUGGUGACGUCAUGCGUGGACAACAUCUGCCGCGUGUGGGCGGAGACGCUCAUCCCGGAGGACGAGUGGGGCGGCGGCUGCGCGUCCUCGCAGUCGCGCUCCCCGCCGCGCCGCCAGCGAGCCACGCACCGACACAAGCACCGCUUCAUGCAGCGCUUGAAGCACAUGAAAACAUGUUUCCAUAUAAGACGAAACGCGCAGUCUUCCAAGCAACCCGGAGCUCCGAUUCCCACUCUCCCUUCCACAUACAGCGCUCACGAUUUUCAUAAUCCGUACCACGCCUACACUUAUACUGGUGGUCUACAUUUCCACUUAGCGGCUUCCAUAAACGCGGAGACAGACAUUCCGUUAGUUCCGUCCUUGUCCGGGGGAGGGCGGUUUAUACUGCACUGGCUUCACAACAAAGAGAUGCACUUCACCAGCCAGGCCGAAGCUAUACUACACGAUCUGACUAAGAAAAUAUUAGAUAAAGAAGAAACAGACGAAGGAGGUUCCGGUUCAGAUCAAACGGCACAUCCGGAUGGAGAGAAUGACGGCACUACCGGCAACCAUAGUCAUCCAAGUUUAUCGAACACAACAUCAAUAAACUCCAUAGCGACCGACGUCACGUGCACCCAUCUCCCGGACUCGCUUGACGCUAAAAUCGAAGUGCUACUUCGGGACUGGCAUCAAAGUCCUGAUUUGCUUUUCUCGAUACAUCCCGUCGAUGGGAGCUUUCUUAUAUGGGUUUGCGAAUGGCUCGACGAGUUGCAAGCGGGCGCGAUCCGGCAAGCGCAGGUAUCGUUUUCUGCUCGCAUCCCGUGCGCCUUCCCGCUGGGCGACGCCACCACCAUGUGCACGCCGGCCGCGCUCUACCACGCCGCCGCGCAGCCGCUCUACGUCAGGCACAGAACGAAGCCGGUCGUACCAGGUCAACAACAGCAAACCGAAACCGUAACGACUCCGUUAGCAAGUGUUCAAGAAGAGAAAGAAGAAAACGAGUGGCCUAAAGCCGAGGAGCAAACCGAAGCCCAGGAAAAUGGGAACCUAGAAGAAAAUAACAACGACAUGCAGCGGAAGACGAGCGUAACAAACGAAGACGUCGGCGAGAAUCAAGAAGGCGAUGUGUUAGAUUCGGCCCCGGUCAUCUCCAUGGUCACCAACCACACCAAUGGCACUCUCAACUUAUGGCAGCUGACAUUCGACGACAAAUCGAAAUUUUCACAGGUGCUGUCUAUAGGUCACGCGUCGAGAGCAUCCGGACACAGAUUUAGAGUAAACGACAUCACUUGCCAUCCAGUAUUACCUCUGCUACUAACAACGAGUCAUCAUAAUAUAUCUGACAGCAACAGAGACCAUCACAAGUUCGAGGACGACACGGCGGCGGGCGGGCUGUGCUCGGAGCUGAUCAUGUGGCGCGUGGAGUGCGUGGGCCCGCUCGGCAAGUCGGGCGGCGUGUCCGAGCUGGCGCGGGUCAACUCGCCGCACCUGUCCGCCUUCAGCAACGUCGCCUGGCUGCCCACGCUGCUGCCGAGUACUACUCUGGGAAACUUGUCCAAUUCGCCGUCGGCGUGCUUCGUGGCUAGCGACGGCGAGAGUCUCCGCGUGUUCCAAGCUGUGAUCGACGCACGAACGUUGCUGGCUGAGAUCGCUACUUCUGAAAGACGCCACAAAGAUACAACACUACCUGACACAAUGUCAGUGUCGUCUGACUCGACGUUAGAAGAAGCCGGUGGUGGGAUACCCCUGCACGACCGCAUCAAGAUCGUGUCGCAGCAGUCCACGGCGCGGCCCGGCGCCAUCAUACAGCUGCACGCCAUCGCGGACGCGACGCACGACUGGCACAACACGCAGCUGCUGCACGUAUUCCAGGAACAACUAAUUACAGGCGAACGCACAAUGGCAGACGCAGAGAAUCCAGAUGCGGGCGUGGACGGCUGCGACGUGAACACGAUCACCGAGACGGGCCUCGAGGCCAUAGUGGACCUCCGUAAAACGGCGGUCUUCAACGAGCCCUUCUACAUCGUCGUGCUGGAGCGGACCGACGGCGGCUCCACCGUGCACAUGUGGCGGCUCACCGUGUCCUCGCAGGGGGAUCCAGCCGAUGAUUUAACAAACAGCAUGAUGUACGUUCCGGAUAGUGCCUUAGUGCAGGAAGAAGAGGGCGAGUCUCGUAAGAACUCAGUGUCCAUGGACAACGACAGAACUUUACCUCCUCCACAACCAAACUCUCAUCUAUCUAUAUCUACCAAAAAGGUAUGUGAAUGCCCUCUGUCCUUGCCUGAUGGAGUUGACGUCAUUCACGCAACUCCUGCCGCGGGACACCUGAGUUCAGCCUCGAUAUACCCGGCGUGCCUGGCUCCUUACAUACUAGCAACGGCUUGCUCUGACAGCACUCUAAGAUUUUGGAGAUGCAACGUAACAAACAAUGAAAAUGACGAUUUCGAAUAUACUUGGAAAGAAUGGGAAAUGAUGAAUAAAGACCAAGAAUCCACAAUAGAUAUUCCAGGUCAGCCCCUCCAUAUCAGCGCCGCGUACUCGGGGCGCAUCGCGUGCGCGUACAAGUGCGGGAGGUCGUUCACCCGGCCGAAGGCGAGCAGCGCGGCCGCCAGCACCAGCCCGGACGCGCGCUUCGUGAACCUCUGCGUGUGCGUGUACGAGUGCGAGAGCACGGGCGGCGCCGAGUGGCUGCUGGAGGACACCAUCCCGCUGCGGAACGUCAGCCUGCCGCGCGUGGGCGUCGGCGCCGACACGCAGAUCGACUUGUCCUAUCUCAACGAUACGUCCUUCAUGCAGAAGAAGCAACGACUGAAUCAAGUUCUUCAAACGUUAUCAUCCGACGAAAGCCGAAACGGUCGCAACGGGGAAGGCGACACGGGUAAAUCGGCUGGACUUCUAGCGGUACCCUCGUUCAGCACUCUACAAUCGUUACGUAGAAGCAUUAUGGAGAAUGGCAACACCUGUCCCUUGACACAAAAACACCUUGUGCAACUAGACUGGGUGUCAAAGGAGGAUGGAUCGCACAUAUUGACGGUAGCAGUCGGAUCUAGAGUGUUGUUGUUCACACCGGUUUCUAGUGAUCUCGCACAGGCUAACCUGAAGGCUAUGAAGGAAUCAAUAAACAACAAUCGUCCUAUAUUGCGGAAGGCGUCGUCACUAGCGGCUCCGCUGUUUGUUGAAGAGAUACGAUGGAUGCAACUUCGGCGUAUCGAAUUGAAAACGGCGGACGGCUUGCCCCCUCUCCCUAUGCAAAUAUCGUGGGUGAGGGACGGUAUACUGGUCGUCGGAAUGGACUCGGAAAUGCACGUGUAUUCCCAAUGGAAGCCAGAGAAUCCACAGACGGCGGGAGGACAGAUUGGAGCGCCGGAAUUGGAAGAAGGAAGUGAAUCUCGAGCCCUCCGAGACUCUGACUUGCGGGUGUCAGCGCCCCAUCUGCAACGUGUCUCCUCCAUCAACCUGCAGCUGCUGGAGCGUGACGCGAGGAGACGAAACAAGACGCAGCCUGACCAGCCACAGCCGCUACUAGACUACAUGCCAGACUACGGAUUGUUCGAAGCGUCGCAGAUGGCGUGCCCCGUCCUGCCUCAGUAUCAUCCCAAACAACUCAUGGAACUACUCAACAGCGGCAAAAUACGAUGGGUCAAAGCAAUUCUUGCGCAUCUCGUCAGAUGUAUCGGCGGAACAUACACUGGUCGUAGUUCGACAGGAGACGAGGACAGUUUGUCCAGACAGCGCGGCUGGUCUCGCUCGCGCACUCUGUCCGUGUCGUUCGCCGCCGGCGCCGCUUCGCCGCUAGAUGGCGUUGCACAGAUAUCAGAGGACGUCCAGUUAGAUUACGCGGAAAUAACUUCAAUACCGCCUUUGCCGUUGUGGACCCUGUUGGUAGCUGACAAGGAGUCUGCGCAUCAUCCUUCCACUAUACAGGAGGCUAAGGAUUACAAUGAAUUGUUCGAGGGAACAAUGGACACGGAUGACGACUUAGACGCUUUACUGUUGGGUGAAGAAAGUGUAGAUCGCAGGCCUUCAAUGCCGGAACGGCAGCCCCUUUCGCAUUUUGGUCCAAGACAAGGUCGUAUACUAUCGCGUCUCCUGACGCACACGCACCUGCCGGGGCUGAGCUCGUUGGACCAGAUGCACCUGCUGGCGCUGGCGGACACUGUGUCCACGUGCGACGCCGACCUUGCCGAAAGACUCGCUACGAAUGCCCGUGUAGAUAUUGCACAGGGCACCGGGACAGAAGUAUUACCUGAUUCAUUGGACGACUGCGGGCUGCGGUUCCUGCUCGCUAUGAAGCACUACGGCUACCUGCUGCGCUGCCUGCCGCUGGCCCAGCGCGCCGCCCUGCAGCGGACCGGCGUCGGCACCUGCAACCUCGUGUGGGCCUUCCACUCUGAAACUCACGAGCAGCUGCUGGCCUUAGUCCCCGGGUAUGCUAAGGGUCAACCGAAAUGGACUACAAUGAGGGAACUGGGAGUGGGCUGGUGGAUCCGCGGCGAAUUGCUACGCACAAGCGUGGAGAAACUUGCACGUGCUGCCUACAUGCAGAAACAGGACCCCAUGGACGCGGCUCUGUAUUAUCUCGCCAUGAAGAAAAGAAUGCUCCUUUGGGGCUUGUUCCGGUCUAACCGCGAUGAUAAGAUGACAGCGUUCUUCGCGAACGACUUCACUGAGAACCGUUGGCGUAAGGCGGCCCUGAAGAACGCGUUUGUGCUGCUGGGGAAGCAAAGGUUCGAACACGCCGCUGCCUUCUUCUUACUCGGGGGAGCGUUGAAGGAUGCUCUUGAGGUCCUCAUAACGCGUCUCGGUGACUUACAAUUAGCCAUGAUCGUAGCACGGCUGUACGAGUCGGACAACGUUCUGCCUGCAAGUCUCAAGAAAUUGCUAAUGGAUGAAAUAUUAGGCGGCGAAACGGAAGAUGGUGAAAUUGACUUAGAACGGGCGCACCCGGACCCGUUCGUUCGCUCCAUGGCGCUGUGGGAGCUGAAGCGGUACGGCGACUCGCUGGACACGCUGCUGAGCCCGGCCGGCAGGCUGCACGCGCCGCGCGACCCGCAGCAGAAGCAGGACGCCGAGCCCGUGCCCAGCGUCUUCAACUUCUACGUGUACCUGCGGACGCAUCCGAGACUCAAGCGCCACAAUCUACCCAGCCAGGGUGGAACACUGGCACUGUUGCAACAAGAACCCGAAGAGGGCAUCACCCGCCUCGAACGUCGCUUGUACUUCCAAACAGCCCACGGACACUUCAAGGCCGGCUGCCCCGCGCUGGCGCUGGAGGUGCUGUCCAAGCUGCCGGCGCGCGUGCGCGACGAGAAGCCGCGCCACGUCGCCGCCGCGCCCUCCGUGGACGCGCCCGACAUACACUCCGGGCACAUUGUUGAAGAAAACACACCUAAAAUGCCGGAAGAAAAACAAGAGAUCAAUAUGGAUUGGGGAGCAUCGACAAUGGACUGGGGGGCACCUGUCACCUCAAACAAAACUGACGAACUUGUCCUGUCUUGGGACGACGAUGAUAAAGAAUCGGAGGCGUCCGGCGCUUCAACACCGCCCUUGGAAAUGAAAAUGGACCAAAAUGAUGACGAAGGGCCAGCAGUGCCUGGUACAUCUGAUAACAAAGAAGCGGAAGAAACUCCCACAGUCGACAUAAUGGCGCAACAACUGAAGUUUGUGGCCUGUCUCAAGAUAUUGAUGGAAGAAUUGAGUACUCUAGCCACUGGGUUCGAAGUUGAUGGUGGCCACCUCCGCUUCCAACUGUACAUCUGGUUGGAGCGUGAAGUGGAGGCGCUGCGUCGGCUCUGUGGGUACGCGUCGCGCGGGGGAGGGGGCGCGGCGGGCGGGGAGCUCAUCUGUGCCGAGACCGAACCCGCUCCGUUACCUGACAAGCCAACACUGCACCAACUGCUCAUCAGAGAAAAGGCAGAUUUUGAAGCCAAAGUUCAACGCGCAUUCGCGAGGAAAAAAUGGCUCAAAGCUAACGAAACCCUGCUUCGUACACUGUUAUCGUAUUGUUCCCUGCACGGAGCGGGCGGGGGAGGCCUGGCUUCGGUCCGAAUGGAACUGGUGUUGCUGCUACAAGAACUAGGUCAAGACAAGCAACACCAACAGUUGCUGUCGCCGUUACCGUUCCCCACUACGCUCCCGCUGCUGGCCGCGGCCGUCGCCACCAAUAACACCGUGGUCGCCGAUCCAGUCCGACACUUGCAGGCCGUAGCACAUGACAUGCUGGGUACAAUAGGCGAGCUGGGCAUUCCGGGAGGUUCGGCCACCAGGCUGCUCCAUACCCUGAGGGAACUAUCAGUGGCGCUUUCUGCUUGUAUAUACCAGAGCUUGUGUGAUUCUGAUACGUUCAGCAUGAAACAUCAGCAUCAUCACGACGGGAUUAUCGCCGAGACCCCAGGAACUAGUCAACUCCUAGCUAGAACUAGACGUCAAUCUUUUGAUGAAGUUGUGGUGACCACUCCGCCCAAUAAAUGGCCAGGAGUGUCUGCGCUGCGCGGGCUGGCGGUGCGCGCGGCGGAGGAGGAGGACGCGCCGCGGCUGGCCGUGCUGCUGGCGGAGGCGUUCUGCGCCGUGUACCUGGCGCUGCUGGGCUGGGCGCUGGCCGCCAGGGACGCGCACCUGCUGUACCGCCUCGCCGCGCACGCGCCCGACGCACGCGCGCACUCCAAGCUCUUCGGGGGGGGCGUGCGCCGCCUGCUCACCACCGCGCCCGCCCCGCCGCAGCCGAAACUGGUAGAGCGCACAGAAGGUACCUCGGUGUGGUCGUCGUUGCGCGAGAAGAGAGCCUUAUUGAACAUGCGGUUGCUGGGCCUGGGCCCGGCCGCGCCGCACAAGCACAUCCAGGAGGGCCGCCCCACGUACAGGGAGCAGUUCGUUCCGCCGCAGUACAGCAUUCUGACCUACCUGCUCACCAAGCCGACGUCGGAGCAAGACCCCGAGAAUUACGAUUACGAUUCAGCUGAAUCUGGAGCUGAAGAUGUCGACGAGAGCGGAAGCGAAACCGACGAUGAUGACAUUUUCGACACCAGCAACACGAAGCCAGAGAAACGCCGUAAAGGUGCGAACACGGAACAUUCGGACCCGGACUCGUACUCGUGGCUCGUGAUGCGCGUGGCCGUGCUGCGCCUCGCACAGAAGAACCUGCAACACUUCCUGCAGCUGUGCGGCAUCGAGAUGACGGAAUUGGCGACGACAAGUCCGACAGUGCACGGCGCCUUACGCCGAGUUGACCAGUGGCAGCAACAACUCACAGAGACGCUCGACUCUCGGGCGCCGCCCCUCGACUACAUUCCCGGCUGCUUCCCGGAGCAGCAGACGUCCGGACCGCCUAUUAAUAAAUACAGAUGUUUAUUGGAAAAACACAAUACACCAUUCAACUCGGUGUUAUUCAGCGCCGCGCCCGCUAGGAGGUUGUGGAGCUUCCUCGUGCGACAAGAACCUGUUCAGGAGCUGUUCAUCCGGGCGGUGUUCUCGAGACGUCGCACGGCGUCGCUGAGCGCGGUGGACGCGGGCGGGGGGGACUCGCGCGCCGCCGCCGCGCUCCAGCAGCGGAACCGCGACUUCGAACUACACAACCCCGUCCGGAUUAUUCAUAAGGAGCAAGAUUCUAUAUCGGCCUUCUGUCUUAACAAGGCGGGCGGUUGGCUGGUGGCGGUGGCGACGGGCCGCGAGGUGCAGGAGAUGGACGUGUCGCUGCUGCUGCGGGGCGGCGCCGUGUGGGCGGAGGACGAGUGCGAGGUGGACCUGCUGGCCCUGGCCGCCGACCCCGCCGCGCUGCCCGACACCGGCUUCCUACUCAUCCACCACCAGGACAAACCGAACAACGGAUCGGUACCGGGAACUGGAAAUAGUUCUCCACUGAACCCAAACGCGCCCCAAGUGCCCGUCGGCAUGGCCAGUCAGACCGGACGCGGUGCUAGUGUUGUGAAGGGCCUGCAGUUCCCGGGUUGCCACGAUCCGAAAUACUGUCGGAUGGUGCUGCACCGCUCGAAGCUUCUGAUGAAACCGGUGCUGAAACAUAAAAUCGAUAACAUCAAACGAAUGGCAGCGCAUCCAACUCAACCAUUGUAUCUGACCGGCGGGGCGGACGGCUCGGUCCAGCUGUGGGAGUUCGGUCACCCGUCGUGCGUGUGGUCGCCGCGCGCUCCGGGCGCGUUCGCCAAGGUCACCCGCAUCCGGUUCUCGGACUACGGGAACAAGUUCGCCGCGUCCGACGCCGACGGCAACCUCGCCAUGUGGCACCUGCACCCCGCGCCGCAGUACCACGAGGCACAGAACCAGGCCUCGAGGAGACCCUUCUUUACUCAUCAGUGUCACAGUAAAGGAAUAAGCGACUUUGUGUUCUUGGGAUCGUGCAGCUUAGUUGCUACAGCUGGUCACAGUUCAGAGAGCAAAAACGUUGCGAUAUGGGACACGUUGAUGCCCAUAAAGAAAGCCCUAGUUGUCUCGUGGACGUGCCACGAGGGGGGCGCGGCGUGCGUGGCGUGGGCGGGCGGCAGCGGGUCGCUGGUGUCGUGCGGGCGGCGCGGCGACGUGCUGGUGUGGGACGUGCGCACGCGGCUGGUGCGCCACCGCCUGCAGGCGCACCACGCGCAGAUCAAGUGCCUCGCGCUCGCGCCGCUCGAGGACCUCUACGCGCUCGGCGCUGCGGACGGCGACAUCAAGGUGUUUUCGUUAACAACACACCAGCUGUUAUACACGUUUGCCGGGGAACAUGCGAGAAGCUCUUUCUUCAAACACAUUGGUCAAGGAGUAACACAAAUAUACAUUGACAAUGCGGGUCGUUUGUUCUCGUGCGGCGCGGACGGCACCAUGAAGGUGCGCAAGUUGCCGGAGCGCGACACGCCCGUGCACCACCCGCACUACUAGUCCCUAUGGACGAGUGGCAGAACGCGCCUCGGCCCGCGGCUCGUCUCGCCUUACCCCUCCCCUCCCCCAUUGUGAUGUAUUUAUCGUUGUUGCUAUUCAAAUGUUACGAGUAUAUGAUAUCAUUAUACGCCGUUAGACUAGUCACUGAGUAGCCGAUGUUGUAUCUUAUAAUUUGUAUUUAAAAUGUUAAUGGAUCUUUAGUUAUUUCUAGUGUCAAAUUUUCACUAAAUUAUCUCGAUAAACUUGUCUUAGAUGAAUAUAUAAUUUAUUUGUUCGCUCUCGCUGUCGGUAGAAAUGUUUCGGUGCUGCAUUAGCGGCCUAAGGAUGUGCAACUACGCUCGUGUAUGAUGCUGUAGCAAAUUGUACGAUGUGGUUUUUAAAUGAAUGUAAAGUGCAAUAAUUUACAAUCACUAACUUAUGAACCCGACCAUCGAUUAGGUCGAAGCCUUUUUCCUAAUGUGUUAGGUCUCUCGACGUAAUUAGCUUAUUGAAUGAGUGCAUAUAACUUGUUGACGCAUAAUAAUAAUUUAUCGAAUACAUUAAUAGUUAAAUAUAUACGUUGGGUCGAUGUGACAAUGUUUAAAUUCUAUUUAAUAUUUAUUCAUAAUCUAUAUUAAUCGUGUGCGAUAAUCAUAUAUCCACCCAAUGCCAUCCCAUUGUUAACACGUUUUCUCAUACUAAAACGUGUCACCACAUUCUUUAGUAGUAAGAAUAUAAUAUUCCCUAUUUAUCUGUAACUAAUGUGAUUUUAAUCGAGAUUACUUGGUUAUGUUAUUUUUGAGAAGCAAUAUUAAUUUGCGAAAGCAUUUCUUUAAAACGAAGCAAUAAAUAGGGUACGUUUUUUUAUAUUCGUUUUUUUUCUUCUUUUGUAACAGUAUUACAAAUGAAUUCAGAAGGCUGCAAUAUUUAUAAUGCGAAUUUAACUACAUUUUUCUUCCAAAAAAGCAAUGCACUUUCUUCAUAAUCGUAAAAUUGCUGUAGAAACCUUCUGAGUUGUUCUAAAAGACAUUGGUUUCGUUAUGUAUUCUUGUUUAAUUAUUUAUAAUGACGAUUUAGGUUAAUAAACGUUUAUUUACCAAAGUUUAUACGUUAUUAUCGUGACUUAGGACCUUCACACAGAAUCGACUAACAUGUAAAUUGAUUAGACGCUCAUGUCGUGUAGAAGGCCUUAAGUAUGUUCUGUGUAGCAGCACACAUGAAGAGUUACCAUGGUUUAGACUUUACGAAUAAAAUUCGCACAACUUUCACGUUUGAAAUCACAAUUUUUUUGUCUAACGUAAUGGCACUUAUUUUUUAAUUUUAUUAUUGUUUUAAUUAUCUUGCACUGUGCAAUGUAUCCAUAAUAUUAACAGUCCCACAGUAUUGUAGCUUCUUUAGAUUAUUAAGUAGUUUAAUUGUUAUGUUUAAAUGUAAUUAAUUUCAUAUUUCAUUCUGUUUCCGUGCAUUUGUUCAAAUAUCGAUUUCUUUGUGCAACUGUGAUGUAUUUGUAAGUUCCGAUUUUACAUUCAUUACAUUAAUUUUAAAUUUAUUUGAACAAAUAGUAUUAAUCAAAUUGUUGUAAAUUAGCACCAUGCAAAUCCUGACGUAAGCCAUACAAGGUAAAAUACACACAGGCCGUAAUAAAUUUACGAUUAAUCUAAAUUCUAAACUUCUCUAUUUAUAUUAAGCAUCUGUUAAAAAUGAGUCAAGAACGAUGUCCAGAUUAUUAUAUCGUGCCUAUAUUAUUUUACAUAUAUUUCAAUAAAUUUCAACUCAUA